AUGACCAACAUUGAAGAAAUCCUUCACAACUAUCGACAACAAAAGCAAAAAGAACAAGUGUCAGCAGCCAUUGAAUCAAACAGACCACAGAGUAAAAAAGAAAGUGAUCAUAAACAAAUAAAUCCAAAUGAAAAUAAUUCAGAAUUGACACAAAAAAAUAUUCUUUUUUUUCCCAAAAUCUUAGCACUCCUAGUCUACAUCUUAAAACCCAUCAGAGUAUUACUGCAUUACAUUUUGUUACCAUUCGAUGUAAUAUCCAAUUACGUAAAAUCAACACCCAUAUACAUUAAAACAUCUCAACAAAUUGACAGAAUUCCCAAAAUUAUUUCAUGGACAAUAAUAUUUGUUCUUUGGUGCCUUCUCUGGUCUCUAGCCAUUUCUGUCGAGUUUGGUUGCGUGUUUUUAAUAAUCUCUGGAAUUUUAUUCAUCUGCCUGAAUACAAGGACGAGAGAUAAGUUGGAAGGAGAGCCCAGCGCUUAUUCUGUCUUUAAUGAAAAUUGUGAAGCUAUUAAGGGAAAACCUCAAACAGACGAAAAGGUUUGCAAAAGAUGUUGA